UCGUGACUUUGGUGAAUCCCAGUUUAUUCAAAGCCCUCAAGCCGCCAAGAUCAAACCGCCCCUACAACCAUGAGUGACGACAUGAAUAUUUUGCUGGAGGAGGGGAGCUUCGUCCUUGAAAUGGAUCAACCUGUACAAGUGAAUGUCGAGGAGGAGCCACAGGAGCAGCUACAAGAGAAUUAUGAAGAAGACCACUUUGAAAUUUUCUCACUUAGCUCCGGCCCCUAUAGGUUUUUGCGAAAUUGUAGCAAUGCAGGAGUAUGGAUGUGUGCUCUCUACAACUUGUGCGUUAUACUUCUACUGAUCAGUGUCUAUGUUUACAGACGCAUGAAAUAAAAGUUUCAAUGU